AUGGCUGCUGCACCCGUCAGGCAGCGCUCGGGGCCGGGGGGACCCCGUGCGCAGCUCCCGCCUUGCUACUAUGAAGGGUACCUGGAGACGCGAGGACCGAAAGAAAAGGCAUCCAAGCGUCUGUGGACCUGUCUGUGUGGGAAUGCUUUGUAUUUCUUCAAUAAUGCCAAGGACACUCAUUAUGUAGAAAAGCUGGACCUCAGUGGGUUUGUGUCCCUGAAGGACGACUGCAGCCGGGACAGAAACCUGGAGGCAGCCAGACUUAUCCUGCGCAUGAAGGAUGGAGAGACCAAACUAACAGCACCCAACUUGGAAUCAAGGGAGCUGUGGAAGGGUUUCCUCUUCUCUGUCAUUGAUCUGAAUGUACCAUCUAGUCUCACGUUGCUGCCGGGCCAGCUGCAGAUGCUGAGAGAGGUGGUGGAGAAAGAAAGGUCCAGGCGGAGAACUCGCACUCCCACACGAGCUCCUCCUUCACCUCUCUCUGUUCCUUUAGUUGGAGAAAUCCCACCGUGUUUUCGACCAGUGUCCCGAACAGAGGCUGAAGUCCUUUUAGAGAGACACCCAGAUUGUGGCAACAUGCUGCUUCGUCCAGGCAGAGAUGGAUGCUCACUGGCUGUCACCACUCGACAGGACCUCAACGGAUCAGUGUUCAGACAUUACCGUGUGACUCAGAGGGACCAAGGUGGUUACAUCAUUGAUGUAGAAAACCCAAUUCCCUGUGCUACACUUCACGAGGUCAUCGAUGCCCUGGUUGAGAAGACGUUAGGAACUCUGCAACCUUUCCUCCUGGAGGAGCCUUAUGAGGAGAAUAUCACAUACGUUUCUGCCAAUGAUGAGAAUGGAGAGAGGAUCCUCCACACUGCCCAGUCCAGCCCCCUGCCAAAGGCUCCUGCACUGCCCCCAAAACAAGAUCGUUGGUCCAGUAGCCCCCUGUCCAGGUCUCCUGCCCCAGACCGCCGUAUCCUGACCUCACCAGUGCCGGCUUCACCCACCAACCCAAUGAGACGACUCAUUCUCUCCCCUUCGCCUCUCGCACAGACACUCAACGAGGAACUCAAAAUUAAGCUGGAGAAGAGACGAGCCAGUCAGGAGUAGAGGAACAUCUUCCUGCUGCAAGCUUCGCCAAUCUUCAGUGCCAAACCCCUUCUCACCGCAGCUAUGUAUUCAUCCUGUGCCUUCUAGGUGGAACACAAGGGACUACAAAUUACUGCCACCUACUCAUAGGGAGCUUCAGGAUGUUCUGACUUUCAUUAGUUUUGGUCUUGAUGUGUAUGUCUUUAAGAGCAAGACCGGUUGGUAAACACUGGAUUAGAUUCAUACAACC